AGAGAGAGCGAGAGAGAGAGAGGGGAAAUAUAAAAGGAAACAGCAAGAGAGAGAAAGGUGUAAGAGGCGAUCGAUUCCCGUAAGACUCGCCAUGUCCUCGAGAGCGCUUUCUGUGGCUCUGCUCGCUGUGACUCUCGCUGGAUUCCUGCAAGGGAAGGGGGUUCAGAUGCAGAGGGACGUUCAGUGCUGCAUGCGGUAUUCCCAGGAAAAGGUCCGAGCAAAGGAUGUGCUGAGGUUCGAAGUGCAGACAGAAGGGCCAGACUGCAGCAUACAGGCUAUCAUCCUGUACACCAAGAAAUCCGUGAAGUGUGCUGACCCCAGGGAUAAGAGAGUGAAGAGGUUAAUGAGGAAGCUGAUCCAGAGGCAGAGAAGCAAGGCCCACACCACUAUGUGGCUCCACCCACACAGGAAUCUGCCGGCCAUGGCUGAGGCCAAGUAAAAUACCCUGAGGCGACAGUCAUAAACGAAGUUGGACUCUUCGACUGUUUAUUUGUCCUUGCCGUUCUUUUGGAUAUACAUAGAGGCCAGGCUUCUUUAUAAUACUGUAUGCAAUUCACACGCUUUGAUAUGUAGCAAAGUCUCCAGACCAUGGUUAAAGAACUGUUGUUGAAUAUACCAAAGCAUUCCACUAGUUAUGCUUUAUUUAAUUUUUAAGAACAGUUUUAUUAUCUGUAGCUAUUUCUUGUAAAUUCUAUGCCUGGUUAGGAGCCCGGCUAAGUCAUAAAAGAUACUAUGAUAUAUGAUUAUGUAGAAUAAGGGAUGUAGGGGAAAAAACUUUAAGAAAUUAAGUGCUCUGUUUUAAAUUUUUAUAAAUAAAUCCUUUAAAAAACA